CGCCGAACCACGUGACCCUCUGCCAUUUGACUGCGUGCGUGCGCAAGUCAUCAUGGGGAGUUAACAUUACGGAGUGACAGUCUAACCGAUAUUAAUGCCAGUUUUUAUAUUUUGAGAAUUCCCGGUCUAUAAACCAUAGUCAGCCGUUUUGGAAGUAUUUGUUUUUGGAAGUCAUGCGGCGGAGUAAGGCUGAAGUGGACCGUUACGUCUCCUCGGUACAGAGUUCUUCUCCCUCAAUCAAAGAGAAGCCAGUCAAAGGGUUUUUAUUUGCUAAAUUGUACUUUGAAGCAAAGGAAUAUGAACUUGCCAAAAGACAUGUAUCAGAGUACCUCAAAAUCCAGGAGAGGGAUCCGAAAGCACACAAAUUCCUUGGACAGCUCUAUGAGAGAGAAGGAGAUAUCAACAAGGCAGUCGGAUGUUAUAAGCGGUCAGUGGACUUAAACCCUGCCCAGAGGGACCUUGUGCUGAAGGUGGCUGAGUUACUGGUUAGUAAGCAGGAAUGUGACAGCAGAGCAGAGUUUUGGGUAGAGAAAGCUGCCAAGCUGCUACCAGGAAACCCCGCUGUUUUCAACCUAAAGGAGCGUUUGUUGAGUCGUCAGGGUCAGCCGGGAUGGAACCGGUUGUUCGACCUCCUCCAGGCUGAGCUGGCAUUGAGGCCAGCUGAUGCUCACGUGAACGUGAAGCUGGUUCAGCUGUUCUGUCAGGACGGACGGCUGGAUGAAGCUGUUAAGCAUUGCCUGGCUGCUGAGAAAAGGGGCAUACUGAGCCACAGCCUGGACUGGUACACAGUGGUGGUGCGCACACUGCAGGAGUAUCUAGCUCAACCCAGUGUCUCUACUAAUGAGAACAUGUGUCGGCGUCUCCAAAGAGAGCUGCUAUUGGCCCAUUGCAGUCUGCUGAGAAUCACACUAUCUGAGGGCAAUAUGCAGCCCAGCCUUGAUGCGCUCACAAGUUUUGACCAAGCUAUGCAGACGUUGAGCAGCAUUGCUGGCCGCCACACAGACGAUCUUCUUGAGGCAUUUGUGGAGAUGAGAGGUCACCUUUACCUGCAUGCUGCCACGCUGCUGUUGAAACUGGCUCAGAAUCACCUACAGACCUGGAGGGCCAUCAUUGACCUGGCUGCACUAUGCUACCUGCUGGCAUACCAGGUGCCCAGACCAAAAGCUAAAGUGACCAAAAGAGACCAGUCAUCCCCACAGCUUCUGGAGCUGCUGGCCAACGAUCGACAGAGUCAAGCCGGUCACAUGUUAUUAAAUCUGAGCACUGAUUCAUCUACCUUGAUCAGAGAGGUGGUGGAGGCGUUUGGGAACCCUAGUGGUCAGGACUCUCUGUUUGAACUCCUGUUUGGACCACAGGCCUCCACUGGAUCUUCCUUUAUUGCCAAUGACGACAUUCGUUCCAUUAACACAAUGGCUCCAGAGCUCUCCCAACUCGCCAAAUGGGACGCUGGCUCCAUCCUGCUUCAUGCUGGUGACUUGCAACAUCUAAGCUGGUUGGGACUACAGUGGACCCUUCUGGCCCAAAGACCAGCCUUGCGGGACUGGCUACAGCAGCUCUUUCCCAGGCUUACUCUGGAAACCUCCAAACUGGACACAAACGCACCAGAGUCCAUCUGCCUGCUCGACCUGGAGGUGUUUUUAUAUGGUGUGGUGUUCUGUAGCCACUGUCAGCUCCAGGAGACGGCAAAGAUUAGCAGCGGAGUGAACCAACAGCAACAACAGCUUUAUGAGCCUCGCUGCCUCCCACUUCCUCUCCUUCGCCUCUUGACCACAGACAGACAGAGGGAGUGGUGGGAUGCCAUUUACAGCCUCAUUCACAAACGAGCAGCUCCUGGAGUUUCAGCCAAACUGCGGAUGAUUGUGCAGCAUGGACUGAGCACUCUGAGGGCUGGAGAGAAACAUGGGCUCCAACCAGCGCUGGCCAUCAACUGGGCGCAGUGUCUUAGCCAGACGGGUGAUGGGGUGAAUUCUUACUACGACCAGAAGGAGUACAUCGGCCGCAGUGUCCACUACUGGAAAGUUGUACUUCCACUGUUGGAAAAGAUCAAAAACAGACGCAGUAUACCAGAACCUCUAGACCCCCUCUUCAUGCACUUUCCCUCCAAAGAUAUUCAGAUGUCUUCUGUUAAGGGCUAUGAAGAGGAAGCCAAGAUAGCAUAUGCGGUACUCCUUGACAUCGAAGGAAAAACAGAGGAGGCAAUUGCUACAUUGGAAACCAUCGAUAACAUGUCAUCCAUCUGGCAUUUGGCACAGAUCUACCAACGGCUAUCAGAGGAGGCCAGUAACGGGGUAGAGGAGACCCAAGACAGGUGCAUCACUUUUCUGAGAAAGUUUAGGACUUACCUGUCCAAGAUCUACAAUGCUAAUGCAGAUGACAUUGAGAGGCUGCCUGUCUCCAUGGAGGAAGUUGUGGACCUCCUGAAUGAAGUGAACCAGCAGCUGGGCGAGAGUGGGGACGCUAUGGAUGAAGACGGGGAGAAGGAGGUGGAGGGUCGAGGAGGACGGGCCCACUCCAGUCCUGCUCAUCCCACAGACAACUCUGCCACCAUAUCCCACAUAAAGUUUUCCACUCCCUCUCCUAACAAAAGCAUCAUCUCUCCUUCCAAAAGACACCUGAUUUCUCCCAAGGUACCACCUCAUUGGGUGGAGGACCAGAAAAGUAUCCUCCAAAUGCUGUGUCAGCAAGUUGAAGCCCUCAAGAAUGAGGUUCAUGAUCUGAGACACAACUCUUCGGGAAACGCAGGCUCACCGCAUCACAAGAUGUAUGGGGAGAGUUACGGAGCGGAGGGCCUACAGGAGCCUUUUACCCCAGUCCAGUCCUACCAUGGGGCACCCCUAACAGUUGCCACUACAGCCCCCUCUGUGUACUACAACCAGUCUCCAGCUUAUAACUCUCAGUAUCUCCUGCGCACAGCAGCAAAUGUCACCCCCACUAAGGGCCCAAUGUAUAAUAUGAACCGUAUGCCACCUCAGCAGCAUAUGUAUGCCUUUCAGCAGUCCACUCAUACUCCUCCAUUGCAGACUGCCCCAGCCUGCAUAUACCCUCCUCAAGAACAGGUCUUUGGUGCCCCUCUUCGGUUUGAAUCACCAGCCACAAGCCUUCUUUCCCCAUAUAGUGAAGAAUAUUAUGGGCAGAGUGUAACCCAACAAACCACUAACCCUCCCCUGCCCGAACCCGGCUACUUCACCAAGCCAUCUGUAGUCCCUGUUCAGCCACCAAAGUGCAUUGAGGGGAAGCCUAUGGACUUUGGAAAGCUCUCCUUUAGCCAGCAGGCACCGGUUGAAGUCCCCAAAGUGCCUAGUUUUGGAACAGGGGUAGGCGCCCAGUCAACACCUUCAGCGUCUUUUAAAUUCACCUCCAACUUUAAAUCCAAUGAUGGAGAUUUCACUUUUCCUGCUUCCCAGGUCAAGCACAGUGAAAGUCUGCUUGGUCUUCUUACGUCAGACAUUCCCACUAAAACAGAUACUGUCCCAGAGAAGCCUGUAGCCCAAGAGCAGCCCCCCAGCCAAACUGGCAUCUUCACCUUUGGCAAUAAAAGUGUUACUGGUUUCUCCUUUGCUGAUUCUGCAACAAGCACAGGAAGUGUUUUUGGAAAGGUGGAGCAGCCAUUUAAAUUUGGAGAUGUUUCCAAGCCAGUGUUUGGGGUUGCCACAUCUGCAGCAGAAGCAGACAGAGCAGCAGAGAGUGACAAUGACAGCACUCAUGUUGAGGAGGAUGAAGAUGGCCCUCACUUUGAACCUAUUGUACCCCUUCCUGAUAAAGUAGAUGUGAAAACGGGUGAGGAAGAGGAGGAGGAAAUGUUUUGCAACCGGGCCAAGCUGUUUCGAUUUGACACAGACACAAAAGAGUGGAAAGAGCGGGGCAUUGGCAAUGUUAAAAUCCUAAAACACAGCGCUAAAGGGAAGGUCCGCCUCCUAAUGAGAAGGGAACAGGUUCUUAAGAUCUGUGCAAACCACUACAUCAACGCCGAUAUGCUACUGAAACCAAAUGCUGGUUCUGACAAAUCCUGGGUCUGGAAUGCCAUUGAUUAUGCCGAUGAAGCAGCUAAGCCUGAACAGCUGGCCAUUCGCUUCAAAACAGCAGAUGAGGCAUCACUUUUCAAAGCUAAGUUUGAGGAAGCCAAGGAAAUUGUGCUCAAAUCAACAGAAAAGCAUGAUCAACAGGAGAAGAAAGAUGAAAGCUUAAAAGGUUCCGAAUCCCUGGCAGCCCAGUUUGCGCUUAAAGAUGGGGAAUGGGAAUGCACUGUGUGCUGUGUAAGAAACAAACCCAUGGAUAUGCAGUGUGCUGCUUGUCAAAGUGCAAAUCCAAAUUCUUCAUCCAAGCCAGACAUUAAGGCUUCUGGUGAAACCAAAGCCAGUCUCUUUACUUUCAAAUUUGGGACUGAUUCAACAAAACCCAGUAGUUCUGGCUCUACAUUUACUGGAUUUGGUGCUUUUGGAGGUAAACCGUCCUCCUUUACAUUUGGCACUAGCACCUCAAAACCUGCUGACGCUGUAAUCAGUGCGUUUGGUUCUGUUUUUGGGGCUCAGUUUGGCAAGAAGCCUGGUCAAUGGGACUGUGAUGUUUGCAAAGUAAGGAAUGAGGCUUCUGUUGACAGUUGUGUUGCUUGUAAAGCUCUUAAAGCCUCAUUUAAAACAACUGCAACAGCACAAACUGCACCAGCUGCAGAUGUACCAGAUUCAUCCUUUUUAUCUGAUGUUGGCACUGGGUUUGGUGCCCAGUUUAGCAAGAAGCCCGGGCAGUGGGACUGUGAUGUAUGUGAAGUAAGAAAUGAAGCCUCUGCGGAAAAUUGUGUUGCCUGCGGAACCAGCAACCCUGUCGUUAAAUCAACAGAGGGGGCUCCAGUAACAUCAAAUCUGCCAGCAGUGUCAGAAUUAGGGGCUGAUUUGCCAAAAAAAGAUGGGCAAUGGGACUGCAAUGCCUGCCUGGUCAGAAAUAAUGCAUCAGCUACUGAAUGUGUUUCCUGCUGUUCCCCACAUGCUCCCUCAUUAGAAGCCUUAUUUUCCAAGAAGCAUGGGGAAUGGGAUUGUGACACUUGUCUGGUGAGAAACGAUGCCUCUGCCAAUAAGUGUGUGGCCUGUCAAGCACCAAACCCCAAUUCUAAAAGCACAGCCAACACAGCUCCCUCAGCCUCAACAUUCAGCUUUACAUUUGGAAACAAGAGUUCAUUAAGCCAGCCUGCUGGAACUGGAUUUACAAUGCCUUUUGAAACUGGCAGCACUUUUCAGUUUGGUCAAAACAAAGAGAAAAGCUCAGCUCCUUCUUUUAAGUUUGAAUCUCCUCAGUCCGGAUCUAGUAGCACAAGUGCUUCAGGCUUUUCUUUCUCAAUGCCCAUUCCAGCUGGUGGCUUUAAGUUUGGCAUUCAGGACUCUGCUCAAGAAACUCCGUCAACUGAUAAUCAACCCUCUCCAUCGGGGUCAGCCUCCAGUUUUCUAAAAAGCAUAGCUGACAAACACAAGGAGAAAGAAAAUGUGUCAGAGGGCCACACCAAGCAUGAUCAAAACCCAUUAAUUACUGGAAAAACCAGUAUGUUCAGUUUUGCAGACUUGGCAAAGUCCUCUAAAGGAGACUUCCAGUAUGGCCAAGACAACCCCAAUUUCCAAGGUUUCUCUGGGGCUGGUGAGCAGAUGUUCUUAACCCCCACCAAGACAGUUGCCACAAAUGAGUUGGAGGAAGACGACAUGUAUAAAACAGAGGAAAAUGAUGACAUCCAGUUUGAACCAGUGGUUCAGAUGCCUGAUAGGGUAGACCUGGUGACAGGGGAGGAGGAUGAACAGGUUCUUUAUUCUCAGCGUGUCAAACUUUUCAGAUUUGACUUGGACACCAGUCAGUGGAAAGAGCGUGGUGUAGGACUCCUUAAAUUCCUAAAAAACACCUCUAAUGGCAGGCUAAGGGUGCUGAUGAGAAGAGAGCAAGUUCUGAAGGUAUGUGCCAACCACUGGAUCACCACCACCAUGAAUCUUAAGCCCCUGGCAGGCUCAGACAAAGCAUGGAUUUGGCUGGCCAAUGACUUCUCUGAUGGAGAUGCCAAACUUGAACAGUUGGCUGCUAAGUUUAAAAGCCGAGAACUUGCUGAGGAGUUUAAGGAGAAGUUUGAAGAGUGUCAGAGACUUCUCUUGGACAUCCCCCUACAAACCCCCCACAAGCUUGUUGACUCAGGCAGAACAGCACGCCUCAUUCAGAAAGCAGAGGAAAUGAAGUCUGGUUUAAAAGAUCUGAAAUCCUUUUUGACAGACAAGAAAACCAAGAUCAAAGAUGAUGAUAGUCAGGGAGACAUUACGACAUCCAGCAAUGUUUCAAACCUUGUAAUCAAGUCUCACUGUGAAACCACCGGCCCCACCUUGGAGUGGGAUAACUACGACCUAAGAGAAGAGGCUUUAGAUGAUACUGCUGACUCAUCAGUUUAUGCCUCUCCUAUCGCCAGCAGUCCCCUGAGAAAGAACCUUUUCCGCUUCGGAGAAUCCACUGGUGGAUUCAACUUCAGUUUCCAACCUGGCAUCAGCCCCUCCAAGUCUCCUGCUAAACUUGACCAAAGCAGAGCCUCAGUGGGUACUGAUGAGCAGGAUGUAUCCCAGGAUGAAGAGAGGGAUGGCCAGUACUUUGAACCUGUGGUCCCCUUGCCUGAUCUGGUGGAGAUUUCUACGGGAGAGGAAAAUGAGCAGGUGGUUUUCAAUCACAGGGCCAAACUGUAUCGCUAUGAUAAAGAACUGGGUCAGUGGAAGGAGAGGGGUAUUGGAGACCUCAAGGUCUUACAGAAUUAUGACACCAAACGAGUCAGGUUGAUAAUGAGGAGAGACCAAGUACUAAAGAUCUGUGCCAACCACAGGAUAACAGCAGCCAUGAAACUGGAACCUAUGAAAGGUGCAGAGAAGGCCUGGGUCUGGAGUGCCUUCGACUUUGCUGAAGUAGCUGAGGGUAACAUUGAGCAGUUAGCUGUGAGAUUCAAGCUGCAGGACACUGCAAAUGCAUUCAAACAGGUAUUUGAAGAGGCCAAGAUUGCCCAAGAAAAAGAAGAACUCAUGGCUCAAGUGACCCCCAGGGUUGCCACACCUCAAGACAGUGGACCUACAACAUCAGCACAGACAGCUACACCUGUGUGUGGGAAGGCAGCCAUAGCUGUUCUGGAAGAGACCACAAAGGAACGUACAGAGCUUUCACCCGAAAGUAAGCCAGGUGCCUCUGGGUCUCCAAGUCCAGUCAACCCCUCAAAGACUGUGGUGUCACCCCCUAAGUUUGUCUUUGGCACUCAAAGCCUUCAGAAGUUCUUUGGCUCUCCUAAAUCACACUCUGAGACCGAGGAAUCUGGAUCUGGUUCAAAAGCCAAAGAUUCUGGACAUCUGGCCAAGGCUUCACCUACAGCACCUGCAUUCAAAGUCCCAGAGAAAGGGCUGGAUUUUAGGCUUUUCAAAGAUAACCCAAUGGCUUUUUGGACCAGCACAUCAACCACCCAAUUUGAACCCCCAGGACCACCUCAGGCAGAGGGAGACGAUGCAGGGUUGGAUGAGGACUCAGAGGUGGAGGUUGUGUAUGUCAGGGAGCCCACUGCUGAACAGGCUGCUUUAGCCAGGAAACUCCUGCUGCCUCCCACCUUCUUCUGCUACCAGAAUGAACCAGGCUACGCCAGCGACGAUCAAACUGACGAUGAGGACUUUGAAUCAGCAGUAAAAGCCUUGAAUGGAAAGCUCUACCUUGAUCCUUCUGAGAGAAAGGCUGCAGCAUGUGGUGAUGAGCCAGACUGCCAGGUGGUGUGGGAGAAAAAACCAACGCCGGAGGAGGAAGAGAAGGCCAGAAGCCUCCAGCUUCCACCCAACUUCUUCUGUGGCUUGAGCACCACCGACAGUGACCCGGACCAUGACAAGUCUGAAGACUUUGAGACAGAAGUCCGCAAGGCACAGCAAGACCUGGGUGCCCAGCUAAACCAAGCUGAAAAGGCCUCCAGCAGCCCAGCUGUAGCCCCAGAGGAGCCGACAUCAGGCCUGUCAUCCAGCACCACGGAGGCUGCUGCAGGCGCCACGGAGGCUGCUGCAGGCGCCACGGAGGCUGCUGCAGGCGCCACGGAGGCUGCUGCAGGCGCCACGGAGGCUUCUGCAGGCGCCACGGAGGCGCCUGCUCCAGGCGCCACGGAGGCUGCAGGCUACACGUCUACGCCGGAGCAGCAGACCUCCGACCAGUUAAAAGAGACUCAGAGUGAAGCUCCAAGAAGCAGCUUUCCCAUUGAUCUGUCAACUAAAAAGAGCCCAGAGCCAGAGUCCAACACAGGGACUGCUGCUUUUACUGCUACUACAGCUAGUGAAGACUCCAACUUUGGCUUCAACUCUUUCGGAGGCUUCUCCUUUGCUGAUUUGGCCCAAAACACGGACACAUAUGCAUUUGGAACGCAAGCUGACUCCAACUUCUCGUGGGCAAAUGCUGGAGCAACAGUAUUUGGGACCGCAGUGACCUCAGCACCAAAAAACAGCGGUGAGGAGGGCAGUGAUGAAGAGGAUGCUUCUAAUAAUGCGGACAUUCACUUUGAGCCAAUAGUGUCACUACCAGAGGUGGAGACAAAGUCGGGAGAGGAAGAUGAGGAAAUCUUAUUCAAAGAGCGCGCCAGGCUGUACCGAUGGGACCGGGACCUCUCUCAGUGGAAGGAGCGUGGCGUCGGUGACCUCAAGAUCCUUUUCCACCCGACCAAACGCUUCUACCGAAUCCUGAUGAGAAGAGAGCAGGUGCUGAGGGUUUGUGCCAACCACACGAUCACACAGGCGAUGGAACUCAAACCCAUGAACGCCUCAGCAAACGCACUGAUCUGGACUGCCACGGACUACUCGGAUGGCGAUGGCAUAGUGGAGCAGCUGGCGGCCAAGUUCAAAACCCCUGAAAUAGCUGAAUCCUUUAAGAAGACCUUCUGUGAGUGUCAGAGCCGCUUAGGCCAAGUUGAGGGCGAUGCCUCGUACAUCUCCUCACCACAGAUGUCCAGAGUUCAAGAGCACUCCAAAGACAAUAACCCCCAGGUGUUCCUCAAAGUGGCAGGCGACGGCCAACCACUGGGCACCAUCACCAUAGAGCUUUUCUCCCAUUUAGUCCCCAAGACAGCAGAGAACUUCCGGGCUCUCUGUACUGGCGAGAAAGGCUUUGGGCUUCGCAACUCCAUCUUCCAUAGAGUCAUACCAGACUUCAUGUGUCAGGGUGGAGACAUCACCAACAGUGAUGGCACAGGUGGAAAGUCCAUCUACGGCAGCAAGUUUGAAGAUGAGAACUUUGAUGUUCGGCACACAGGCCCGGGCAUUCUGUCAAUGGCCAAUCGCGGACGUGACACCAACAACUCGCAAUUCUUUAUCACCCUGAAGAAAGCCGAACAUUUGGACUUCAAACACGUGGCUUUCGGCUGGGUUCGGGAAGGCAUGGAUGUGGUGCUACAGAUGGGAGAGUUUGGCACAAAGAAAGGCUUGCCCACAAAGAAACUCGUCAUCACAGACUGUGGACAGCUGUAGCUUUUUAAAUGUUAAGUUCAACAUUUGCAGCUAGGUUUAAGCUCUAAAGUUGUGGUCAAGAUUUUGGAUAAUGACGUGUUCCCUGUGCAGUGCAUACCGUCCUACUAAAACUGAAUCCAUUAGUCAUCUAAGAAUUAUACACUGAUCACAGGACUACUGAUCAAGACCCUUCAUCAUAGAAAAUGGGCUCCAGUAGCCUUGAACUAGGAGUUAUGUUGCUGUCCUUCUGACAUAAUGACAAAUGAUAAGCGUUGUGUAGUAUGCGGGAGAAGGCAUUUGCAUCUUUAUAAACAUCUGUCAAUAAAUGUGUUUUUGUGUUUAAAUUGUACAUGGACUACUUUUUUUUUUCUUUUUUUUUUUCUUUUGUCCUGCAUGUGCUCAAUCUGAAUGUGCUGUUCCUCUUCAUAAGCUUCACUCUUGUAUUUGUUUUCCUAUUUGAGGAAGUCUUAACUAUAACUGAAAGGUGAGGUUAUUUGAGUGCACAGAUUGUAACCGUGCCCUUACCUUCUC